AUGGACCACGCGUCUCGUAUGGAGCCGUCACUGCCCAAGGCGCUCUUUGACCGUGCGUAUGACAAGCGCAAGGCAGCGGCGCUUGAGCUAGAGCGCCAGGUGCGCGAUACGGUGUCGCGCGGUGAUCGGACGCGUAUUGAUCACAUAGUGCAGCAGCUGUGCGCGUAUCUUACGCAGAAUCCCGCGCCGCAUGCCAAUGCCCGGAAUGGCGGCUUGAUCGGGCUGGCGGGUGUCGGUAUCGCGCUGGGCCAGGAGGUCGCCGCGUACCUGGAUCAGAUGAUGAUACCCAUUCUUGCGUGCUUUAGUGAUCCUGAUCCCAAGACGCGUUAUUUUGCCUGCGAGAGCUUUUACAACCUCGCCAAGGUAUGCAAGGGCGAGAUGCUCGUGUACUUUAAUGAGAUCUUUGUCGUGCUGGCUCGUCUAGCUGCCGACUCGGAAGUGUCCGUCAAGAACGGCGCCGAGCUGCUGGAUCGCCUGUUCAAGGAUAUCGUGUGCGAGGCGGCGCCACACUACCUCUCUCAGUACCAAAAUGUGGCGCACAUUCGCGCCCGACAGGACCAAGACGUUGGCGCCGAGGGCGGCCAGAACGAGCUGGACGUCGCGCGCGAGAAGGCCGCGCACGAAGUGCAGGAGCACCAAGGCGCGAACCGUGCCUUUUCUCUCGCGCGCUUCGUCCCGCUUUUGGCUGAGCGGAUGCAGGUGGUCAGUCCGCUGACGCGCAACUAUAUUAUCGGCUGGAUUGCCGUGCUCGAUGCCGUGCCCGAUUUGCAGCUCGUGUCGUACCUGAAUGCGUUCCUCCCGCACCUCUUUCAGUACCUCGGCGACCCCAAUACGGAUGUGCGCGUCGCGACAGCCGAGGUCCUGGCCAACUUUCUGCGCGAGAUCCGCGAGGCCGCCCAGCACGAGCGGGAAGAGCCGGUUCGUACGGAAGACUGCGAUCAGGACGAGUGGGUCCACAGCCGGCGCGUGCGCAUCGAGUAUGACGCGAUUCUAGAGAGCCUGCUGGAGCAGGUGCAGCACCACGACGAGGAAAUCCAGGCGACGACCUUUGAGUGGAUCACCGAGUUUCUGCACGUUGUGCCGGCGAUGGUCGUGCGGUUCACGCCGCGGCUCAUAUCUGCUGUGCUCCCCUGCCUCGCGCACCCGGCGCCGGCGAUUCAGACGGCUGCGAUCAAGGCCAACACCGAGCUGUUUGCGGCGGUCGAGCACCAGCUGCCAGAUGGCGGCGGCGGCCUCGACUACUUUGUGACGACGAAUGCGCUCAAGCAGCAUUUGCAGGACCAGCAUGACCAGACGCGCUUACAGGCCCUCGAGUGGCUCAUGAUGCUGCAUGCCAAGAGCCCCACGAAGCUGUUCUCCAUCCAGGAUGGCAGUAUAUCCGUCCUGCUCCGUGUGCUGUCCGAUCCCAGCGAGGAGGUCAUUUUGUGCGAUCUGCGUCUGCUCACGCAGAUCUGCAGCCGGGCGGACGAGCACCACUUCCGUCUGUUCCUCACCGACUUGCUGGAGCGCUUCGCGGCGGAUCGCCGCCUGCUCGAGUCGUGGGGCAGCCUGAUCAUUCGGCAGCUGUGCGUCCACCUGCAGACGGAGCGCGUCUUUCCCGUGCUCGCCGACAUUCUCGAGACGUACGAGGACCUGGAGUUUGCAUCGAUCAUGGUGCAGAAUCUCAAUAUGAUCCUCGUGGCGUCGCAGGAGCUCAAACCACUCCGCCGACGGAUCCGCGCGCUCGAUACGCGCGAGCAUCAGCAGCUGUUUGUGCGCUUGUACCGCUGCUGGAGCCACAAUGCCAUCUCGGCGCUGUGCCUGUGCCUGCUGACCCAGUCGUACGAACACGCCUACAAUGUCCUGCGCAUCUUUGCCGACCUCGACGUGUCGCUCUCGAUGCUGCUGCAAGUCGACAAGCUUGUCCAGCUCAUCGAGUCGCCCAUCUUUACGUCACUGCGUCUGCAGCUCCUCGAGCCCGAGCAGCAUCCCUUCCUCGUCAAGUGUCUCUACGGCAUGCUGAUGCUCCUGCCCCAGAGCUCGGCGUUUGCGACGCUGCGCAAUCGGCUGCAGGCCGUCCACGGCCUCGGCCACCUGACCAUGCCGAACGACGAGCGGCCACACACGCGCUACGCACGCCAGGCCACGCCCGACGUGCCGUGGAACGAGCUGCUGCAGCACUUUCGCACCGUCCAGCUGCGGCAUGAGCGCCUGCGUCUCGCCACCGAGCGCCACACGGACAACGAGCCUCGGCGGCGCGUGCAGCAGCGCGAGCCAGCGCCGUUUGCUCGCAUGUCGUUCACAGCGAACGCAGGUACGCGGUCAGCGCGUGAGUAA